UAACGGUCGCAUCCAUACUGUCGAUGUCGCAGCGAUAGGUCAACGUGUAGAGUUAAUCUUGUAAAAUAAAAACGAAUAUCGUUUAUUAUUCAUAUACCGAUUAAUCACUUAUUUAUCAUCAUUACGCCCAUCACUAAGAUACGUCAAUGUCAGAAGUCAAUCAUCAUCAUCAUGUCAGUUGUCAGUUCAGCUGAUGUUUAGAUGUUAUUUUUAUUAUAGAAAUUAGCAAAAUAAUGAUUUAGCUCUUAAGAUGUUAAUUGGUAUCACGAUAUAAUUAUAAUGUGUAUCAAUCAAUAAAAGAAAUAACAGAUGGAGAAUAAAAACAUGGUCAAUGUAUGUCGAAUUUGCCUUGAAGAAGGUGCAUCGCAUCCGAUAUUUGAGGCAAAUAAUGAACAAGAUAACAUUUGGACAAAACUUUCUAACUGUCUUAAGGAAAAGGUGGAGGAUAUUGAAGGACUUCCUAGAAACUUGUGUGGAUUGUGUGUAGAAACCUUAGAAACAGUUUGCAAUUUUAUAAACAAAUAUAACGAGUCAUCCAAGAUUUUAGAAAGUGGUUUGUUGGUUAUCAAAGAUGAAAAUUACAAUCGGCACUGUAGUGAGAAUGAUCACUCUGAAGUUGAAAUAGAAAUAGAUAGAAUUAAAACAGAGCCUAAUGAUUUUGAUGAUAUUGAUGACAAUGAGUGUCUGGCUGAGUUGAUUAAACCUUUACAUCUCAAAAAGUUGAAUUCCGUUUCAAAUAAAGAAAUUGCAAAAAUAAAAUCAAACAAGGAACUAACAGUAAGAAAAAUAAAAUGUCAAACUAAAAAUAAAACAAAUAAAAUAGCCAGUUCAUUAUUAGAGGGUGAAUUCACCUGGACAGGAGAUAAAUGGUGUUUGAAAAUUGAAAAGGGACCUGGAAUACUAAAAAGUAGGAAUGUUAAAAGAUUGAAACCUCCAGAAAAACAUGUGAGGGAAGUAAAAUUAAAAAUACCAAAAAUUAAAAAACCUGACCCUCCAAAGCUUUGCGAUGUCUGCGGGGAAGUUUUCAAAAAUCAGGACAAAUUAUCAAAUCAUAAAAGGAAGGUGCAUUUUAAAAAGCCUGCAAAAUGUCCAGAGUGUCCAAGAGUGUGUGCUUCUGAUCGUGAUCUCAGUAGACAUAGAAAGAGAAGACACGAAGUUGUGAAGAACUUCAUAUGUUCUAUUUGUGGGCAUGCUUUUGCAUUCCAAGGAGAAUUGACAUCCCAUAAUAAUAAAGUCCACAACAAACACCUGCAUCCUCCAAAAGUGUAUGCUUGUAAAAUCUGUGAUAAAACAUAUAAAUGUCAAAAGUCAGUGAUUGUUCAUGAAAGAUCAAUGCAUACAGGUCAAAGACCAGCAGAAUGCAGUAUAUGUGGAUCAAGAUUCUAUCAUGAAGAUUAUCUGAAAGAGCACAUGCGUCUUCACACUGGGGAGACUCCAUUUAAGUGUCCCAUUUGUGACCGGGGUUAUGCUCAGAGAGGCAACAUGAAAAGUCAUUUACGUAUACAUAGGUUAGCUGAAAUUGGCCCUGAAACUUUGAGUAAGAUAAAACCCAGUUACUUAAAACUUUUGAAAGACUUCAGAUAAAUCUGUUUUUGUUAUAUGCAAUAAAUAAGUAAAUUCCAGCAUAAAAAAAUCUUGCCAUGUAUAAUUCUGCUUAUAGCAGCAUAGGAAUUAAAACCAUUAUAUUUUUUUAUCAUGUUGGUAGGUUAAAAGUUUAUUAAACAAUAAGUAAAAUAUUUUAAGCAGUAUUCAUAGCUGCUCCAUGUUAAAAAGAAUUGUUUUAUUUGUAGCACAAAAUUCUUAUUUAAAAAAAAAGAUUACAUAUUUACUUGUGAAAUUAUAACACAUUUUAAAUUUUUUCAAGAUUUUAUUAAGAUAGAUGUUAAAUAUUAAGUUUAAAUAUAAUUAAAUUUGAGAGUGUUUUUGUAAACAAUUAAUAUAUUUUUUCUAACUCAUAAAUUCAUUGCAUUUUAGUGAUCUUAAAAGAUGAUUUUGACAAAUGAUUCCUUCAUUUGUCUAAAUCAUCUUUUAGGAUCACUUUUGAAUUUAAGCUGCUCAAUAACAGGUUUACGAAAAUGCUCUUGAAUUGAAAUCCAAAUUUUAAGUUUAGUUAUUCCAAAAGUUAAUUGUUUAAAGUGUUUUUUAAGUUCUAGUUUGUAGUUACUUUUUAUGAAACAGGAACAUAAGUAUUUUUAUUUACAAUUUGUUUCAUAAAUUUAAAACUCGAAUACAUCUAUGUAUAUAGAGAAUAGUUGUAGUCAAACCAAUAUCUGCUAUGUAAAAAAAAAUCAACAUUAACAUAGCGUGGGUUAGCUACAUCGCGAAGAGAUGGCGCUACCUUGCAGUCUAAGAAAAUCGAGAAGAAAUUCGACACGGCCGUUAAGGCCGCUGUAGCUUUAUUGGUCAGUGCAUACGAGUCCCGUAUUCUGUCUGGCCGCGUGUUUUUUUUCUAGAAAUUUAUUAUUUAGCUUAAAAAAUAAAAAUGUAAUUAACACAGCAGGUUAGAUUUGACAAUAUUCUGUCUGAUGCACUUAUAUUUUUUAAGCAAACUUUUCACUGUUAUAAUGCUAAAGACUAGCAUAGUAGUGUUGGUAUCCGAGAAACAGUUAUUAUACCAAUACUAGUCAUAAUGAUGGAAAUGUCAAAAUCUUCAAGAAGUGCACAUAGCAGAUAUUGGUUUGACAACAAUCAAAUUCUACUUGAAAAGUUUGAUCUGAUUUUUUUAAUCAAGUCCAUUACUGCCAUUUUAUCACGCCAGAUGGCGCACGUCGCUGUGGCUGUGAAACUUGCCAGCUCCAUACAUUUUGUAACCUACCAUUCUGUUAUAAUUUUCUUUUAAUAUGCCUCAGAUCUGAUGUGCAUAGGGGUUUGCAAACAAAGCAAAAUUAUUUGAAAGCGGCUAUCGUGCCACUGGUGCCAUCUUCGCUAAGUUUUGCGUGUGGAUCCCCAUCUUUAAUACUCUACGCACUGUACGCAUCUUGCUGGAUCCAUGCAUUCCGAGCAUGCAUGGGAUAGCGCUAUACACGUAAAAGAGAUCCUGUAUGUCCGUCUCUUUUACAUGUAUAACGCUGUCCUGCAUGCGGGAUCCAGAAAAAUGGAUAGUGCGUAGAGGA